UAAAUAGAGGACUCCGACGCCUCAGAAGUCAGCACCUCAACAUGUGGACAAUCUCAAGCACACUUUUGCUGAUCUGCUGCCUCCGAGCAGCUCUCGCUCAGUGGCAAGAUGUGAUCGAAUUUCUUACGAAAGGCACUAAAGAUGAAUGCUACAUGAGCGUGACCGGAUCGGGGGAUCUGACCAAGCUGCGCAUCACCUGCCAGGGGGACGAACGCUCCUACUGGUGCGAAUACCAGGGUAGACCCAAAGUCUGUCGCUCGUACAAUGGCAACCCAGUGCAUUACUACAGGCAGAUCAUGUGGAGCCUCCGCAAGCUGCCCAACGCUUGCCAGGGCCAGCGCGUCUAUAAGCCUUUAAUGUGCAAGAGAGCCACCGACGAUGCUCAGAUGGUCUUCACCACUUCAUCCUCAGCAGAUGCCGUGCCAAGAGACCGACCCGAGCCGAUGAGACCAGCACAGAAACCCAUGCCAAAGCCUACUAGGCCACAGCCGUUAAGAACUGCUCCAGCCAGGCCAAGUCCAUACAAAGUUAUCAAAGUCUACCCACCGAAGAAAGUUACACCCAGACCAACUGAGCCCGUGCCGACUACGCAGGUGCCCUUGAGUGAAGCCAACAGACUUGCUCAGGACUAUUGCUGGCGCUCCUUACAUAGUGCAUGCUCCUUCGUCAUAGGGCUGUUCAGAAGCUAAGAGCAAGUUACUCACAAUCCCUGCAGGCAACAAAUGCUAUUCAGGACGACUCCAAAUAUCAGACAACUUGGACUGAAGAAGACUAAUAAGAAGGUGUGUGUGAUAAGCAGGGCCAGACAGAAUCUGCGGACAUUUUUUGCUAUUUGUGUGAAGGUUUAACAAAAAAUAAUCUGCAGAAUAUUUUUGGAAGUAUCAUAACUAAAAACGUAAAAUAAGAAAGAUCUUAAAUCUUUUAUUUAAUGUUUACAAUGCAAAUCCAAUUAGAUCCACUUAUUUGGAUGAUAAAGCAAGUGUCUCAUACAAUAUAUCUACUAAAAGGCAAAAAAUAUUACAUUUCAAACUGUAUUGUAAAUAAAUCAAAUGAACAUUUUCAUGUCAAUAAUAUUACAAAAAAGUUAUUUAAAAACUGAAUAAAUUUACACACAUUUACGCUAGUAAAUAAAUAGACUUGAUGGGCGUAAUAUCUGCGGAAAUCUGCAAGUUUCUGCACACACAGAUUCCGUCUGGACCUAGUGAUAAGUCUGACAGGAAUUGGCGAAAUCACUCCCUGCUAUAUAUUUUAUAUCUUUGUACAGAAUCAAAUGUUAUCAGAAUACAGCAGAAAACAUGACUAAUUAGCCAUCAUCUGUUGAGCAUGUUUUGUUCUCUAAAUCGGCUAUAUGUACUGUAUAUUCAUCUUUCCUGUUGUGUAUUUAUACGUUAGGAUUUCUCAAAGCUGUAAAAUCACUUAACAUGCUGUCGAUGUGUUUACUACAUUUUAAAGUGUGUAGAUGAUACUCAAAUGCAUACAUGUUGUUGUUUUUCUGAGUGUGUGCUAUAAAUAAAUGUUCAUCCUU